AUGCCAAAAUCGAAAGGAAAAUCACAUAAAGGUAAACGAAGGGUUUAUGCUACCGAACCAGAAGAGCUGAAACCGCAACAAAAUCGUGAUUUACCACCAGGAAGUGAUGAAGAAGAAGAAGAUGAAGAAAGUGGUAAUUCUAGCGGCGAAGAAGGUUCCUCAAAGGCUAAAGGUGUAGAAGGCUUAAUUGAUAUAGAAAAUCCGAAUAGAGCACAAGCUAAAGUGAAAAAAGUUAGUCAGUUAGAUACAGAUGCUGCCCCCAAGGUCGAAUUAUCGAGACGAGAAAGAGAAGAGAUUAAACGCCAACAAGAUCGCAUAAAAUAUGAAAAAUUACGAGCCGAAGGCAAAACAGAAGAAGCUCGUGCUGAUUUAGCCCGCUUAGCUAUAAUUAGGAAGGAAAGAGAGGCAAAGGCUAAGGAGCGUGAAGCAUCGAAAAAGGCAGCUGAAGAAAAGAAGUCAACUACUACGAAAGAUUCUGGUAGGACUACAAGCAAAAAGUAG